AUGGUUCGAGCCACACGACCCGGCAGCGCCUAUACCAGCGCCCAGAUCUCGGGGUUCUACUUCCGACCGUGCCGUGACGAGUAUGACGAGGUGAUCCUCGAAUACUUCCGCUGUCGUAGCGGCACGGUUCGGAAGCAAACCAACCGCAACGGGUUUAGCAACCUAAUGCAACAUAUCUUGCGUCAGCAUCCCGACCAUGAUCAGUUGCUAACGCCUCCCCUCCCUUCACUAUGGGGUACCGUCAACCACCUGUUUACAGAGCUGUCACGCUCCUUCGGGCUGUUCACUGGCUGA